AAACGGAAGCGAAACGAAUGGCAAACGGACCAUACCCCAAACGGCCAAACAAGAAACAAAACCUUGUGUACCAAAUUCACAAAUAUCAAUUCAAUCUUUCUUUCUUCUUUAACAAAUCAAAUUCAGUUGUUGCUUUUCAUAACCAUUUUUCUGAUUCUCAUUCGAUGGCAUGGCUACGAUCGGCGAUGCAGAAAGCUGCUGAAGUACGCGGGCGGUCCACUUUCGGAGACGCCGUUCGCACUCAUACCGGUUACAAUGCCAUCCGCUCCGGCGAUGUUUUCUCCAUGGGCGCCAAGAUGUUGCAUGACCGAUUUGCAGCAUUGAACAUAAGAAGCUAUAAGGAGGCAGUUAAAAGGCUAGAAGAAGUUGCUGCUUCUUCUCAAGGGGAAGAAAGAGUUCAGUUGCUUAGAAGAUGGGUAGCGUCGCUGAGAGAAAUUGAAAGAUUUAAUUCAGGUUCAGCCAAGAAUGAUGAAAAAAGUUUGGAUGAAACUUAUACAUCAGCCGAUAAGCAUGAUUCCCCUGGAAAAUCAGAUGUUGCCUUAUAUUAUGACCAAGAUCUUGGUGUAUCGCCGGUGAAUUUCCGUGAUGUCUUUCUUCACAGUCAAGCUCUUGAAGGAAUAACAAUGUCUAUGAUUCUUGGAGCGCCUAACGAGGAAGAAACGUUGCUACUACACGAGCUAUUCGGGUUGUGUCUCGCUGGAGGGGAGGAAGUCCAUGAUGUUAUUGUAGAUAGGAUCGUAGAUUUGUCAAAAGUGUUUGCGGUUUACGAUGAUGAAGUGCUGGCAAAGAGGAAAGAAUUGCUUCAAUUAGCUAAAGAUGCAAUUACCGGGUUGAAAGUGAAUGCUGACAUAUUAAGAAUAGAUUCUGAAGUCUCGGAAAUACAACAAAACUUGAAAAGAAUUGAACAUCAGGAACUUCGAAUUGAGAGUGAUGAAUAUUCUCCGGACGCAACUAGUGAUGCUACACUGAAGGUUAUAAAAGAAUCUGUUUCCCCCAUUCGACUUUGCUGUAGGCUGGAGUCACUUUUACUUAAAAAACGGUUGUUGAACAAUGGGGAUACGCCAGAGGAUCAUGCUCAUAAAGUUGAUAAAUUAAAAGUUUUAUCAGAAUCUCUUCUCAGCUCAGCAUCUAAAACCGAAAGGCGCAUAUCAGAUCAUAGGCAACAAAAAGAAGAAGCCCUUCAUAUUCGUGUAGCGAAAACUGGUGAAGUCAGCCAAAUCGAGAAGGAUUUGGGAGCAGAAAUUAGUGUGCUUGAAAAACAGCAGUACGAACUUGAACAUGAUCUGAAUAAGGUCAAAAGUUCAUUGGCUGCUGCAAAUGCUCAGCUUCAACUUGCCAGGGAAGAAAGAGAACAGUUUGAUGAUGCUAAUAACCAGCUUCUUGUUCACUUCAAAUCAAAGGAGGAUGAACUCUCAAAAGCAAUUAUCUCUUAUAGAACAGAGGCAGAUACUUGUAGUGCAUUUGUCGAAUUUCUAGAAGCUUCUUGGGCUUUCCAGUUUUCUUUCAUGCAGCAAAAGGAAAAGAAGGUCAAUGAUGAAUUGGAGAUUCAUGAAGAAUAUUUUGUAGAUAUGGCUAAGAGUCUUUUAUCAGCUUACAAGGAUGCAUUGGAACCUGCAAUCAUCAAUGUGAAGAAACGUAUGAAGAACUUGAAAAGGUAUGAGAAAGCAAUCGACCCGGAUGAAGAAUUUUUGCAAGACAUCGAGCGAAGAAGAGCUCUUGAGCAAGCAUAUCUGGCUGCAGAAAGUAAAGUUAUUACAAUCUUUGAAGCAGCCGAUAGCGUUAAAGAGCAAUUUUACCAUGAAAUUGAUAAUGUUUCUAGGAAAGGCGUUGAACGGGUUAGCGAGUUAUGUGACAUUAUUGAAAAAGUCAAAGUUGAAUUUGAGUCCUUAGCAAAACCACCUUUGAGAGGCAGUAAGUCAACUCAUGGUGGACAAUUUUCAUCAAAGGAAAGCCCGAGAAAAGAUGCAUCUCCGGCUUCCAAACGCGUGCUGCCAGUUGAUAUAAAAUCCAUUCUUACACAAAAACUGGUAAUACGCCCUCCGCUAAUAAAACCAUAUAUACCCUUAGGUGGAAGUUCUGAAAACUCUCCAUCGCAUCGGGUUGAUAAUGACAUGCAAGAAGAAAAUGAGACCACAAAUAUAACAGAAUUCCAAGAAAGUAAUAUGCCUCAACCUUCUACAAGCGAGGACAAGAAGUUUCUAGAACCUUCUAAAGAAACGUCGUCACCGAGUUCUGUAGGUGAGAGUGACAAGUUUUUGGACGUUGAUGAGGAACCAGCAAAAUCGGCUUAGAUAUUUGUUGGAAAAUAAAGCCUAUAAUUGCCACUGGUAAGUUUAAGGUCACCUGACCAGCGCAAGCUAUGUUUUACCUGAUAAAAAAUUUGAAAAUUUACCAAUAUAUAGAAGAGUAACAAUAAUUUAUUACUUAUGUCAUAAUAUGUGAAUUUUGUGUACAGUUGAUGCGGUUGAUAUGGUCAGUAACUACACACUGAUUUAAAUA